AUGACGAAACUACACUUUUCUGUUCGUAUAAUUACACCUCCCCUUCUAUGCCUCCUCAUCACUUUACCCUUGCUCGUAAUUUCACAAAAUCUGGAUGCUGAACAAUCCAUUCUGUUGCAAGUUAAACAACAAUUGGGCAAUCCACCCUCUAUCCAAUCGUGGAACUCAUCAUCCUCACCUUGUGAUUGGCCGGAAAUUACAUGCACCGACAAUACCGUCACUGUAAUUUCACUCUACGGCAAGAGCAUCACUCACAAAAUUCCUGCCAGAAUUUGUGACCUCAAGAACCUUAUGGUACUUGACGUCUCCAACAAUUACAUUCCCGGCGAGUUCCCGGAUAUUCUCAAUUGUUCUAAGCUCGAAUAUCUCCUCUUGUUGCAAAACAACUUCGUGGGUCCAAUUCCAGCUGAUAUUGAUCGGCUUUCACGUCUCCGGUGCCUAGACCUUACCGCAAACAACUUCUCUGGAGAUAUUCCCGCAGCAAUUGGGCGACUACGGGAGCUGUUCUACUUGUCUCUGGUUCAAAAUGAGUUCAACGGCACCUGGCCAACGGAGAUUGGUAAUUUGGCGAAUCUUGAAGUGUUGGCCAUGGCCUAUAAUGACAAAUUCCUGCCUUCAGCCCUUCCAAAGGAGCUUGGCGCAUUGAAGAAGCUGAAGUUUCUGUGGAUGACGGAGGCGAAUUUGGUCGGCGAAAUACCGGAGAGCUUCAACAAUCUGUCGAGUCUGGAACACUUGGAUCUCGCACUCAACAAAUUGAACGGUACGAUCCCGGGAGGCAUGCUUAUGUUGAAGAAUUUGACCAAUUUGUAUUUAUUCAAUAAUGCAUUGUCCGGCCACAUUCCUUCAUCCAUAGAAGCUCUCAACUUGAAAGAAAUUGAUCUUUCCAAGAACUAUUUGACGGGGCCGAUACCAGCGGGUUUCGGGAAGCUACAAAAUUUGACGGCUUUGAAUCUUUUCUGGAAUCAGAUGUCAGGAGAGAUACCAGCAAAUGUAAGCCUCAUUCCUACACUGGAAACCUUCAAAAUUUUUAGCAAUCAAUUGAGUGGAGCUUUGCCUCCAGCAUUUGGCCUUCAUUCGGAGCUCCGACGCUUUGAGGUUUCCGAGAAUAAACUAAGCGGGGAAUUACCUCAACAUUUAUGCGCUAGGGGGGUUUUGCUUGGAGUGCUUGCUUCCAACAACAAUCUCAGCGGGGAAGUGCCCAAGUCCCUCGGGAAUUGCACAAGUUUGCUCACAAUUCAGCUUUCCAACAAUCGCUUUUCAGGCGAGAUUCCUUCCGGCAUCUGGACAUCCCCGGACAUGGUAUCGGUGAUGUUAGACGGAAAUUCAUUCUCGGGGACACUUCCAAGUAAAUUGGCAAGGAAUUUGUCCAAAGUGGAGAUCAGUAACAACAAGUUUUCUGGUCCAAUUCCUGCUGGAAUAUCAUCUUUGUUGAAUCUAUUGUUGUUCAAGGCAAGCAAUAAUCUAUUUUCAGGAGAAAUUCCAGUGGAAUUGACUAGUCUUCGAUCCAUAGCUACUCUGUCGCUUGAUGGGAAUCAAUUGUCAGGCCAACUUCCUCUUGAUAUUAUCUCCUGGAAGUCACUAUAUGCUUUGAAUUUGUCAACAAAUUAUCUCUCUGGCCCAAUUCCAAAGGCCAUUGGAUCUUUGCCUCGCCUCGUGUUUCUUGACCUAUCUGAAAACCAAUUCUCAGGCGAAAUCCCCCAUGAAUUCAGUCAUUUCGUGCCUAAUUACUUUAACCUUUCAUCCAACAAUCUAUCUGGGGAAAUCCCACCCGCCUUUGAAUUGUGGGAAUACGAAAACAGUUUCUUGAAUAAUCCCAAUCUGUGUGCCAAUAUUCAAAUUCUGAAGAGUUGCCACUCUAAAGCCAGUAACUCCUCUAAAUUGUCAACCAAUUACCUAGUCAUGAUUAUAUCUUUCACCCUAACUGCUUCCCUGGUUAUCGUACUUCUUAUCUUUUCCAUGGUUCAAAAGUAUCAAAGGAGGGACCAAGGGAACAAUGUUGAAACAUGGAAGAUGACAUCCUUCCAUAAGUUAAAUUUCUCUGAAUCCAACAUAUUGUCGCGUUUGGCACAAAAUAGUUUAAUUGGAAGUGGGGGGUCAGGGAAGGUAUAUCGUACCACCAUUAACCAUUCUGGUGAAGUGGUCGCUGUUAAAUGGAUUUUGACUAAUAGGAAACUAGGCCAGAACCUCGAGAAGCAAUUCGUAGCAGAAGUCCAAAUAUUAGGUAUGAUACGCCAUGCCAAUAUAGUGAAGUUGCUAUGCUGCAUUUCGAGUGAAAGCUCAAAUCUUCUUGUUUAUGAGUACAUGGAGAACCAAAGCUUAGAUAGAUGGCUUCAUGGUAAGAAGAGGGCAGUGUCCUCAAUGGAUUCAGGAAGUGAUGUUGUCUUGGACUGGCCGAUGAGGCUGCAAAUUGCCAUUGGAGCUGCUCGAGGCCUAUGCUAUAUGCACCAUGAUUGCUCUCCCCCAAUCAUUCAUCGAGAUGUGAAGUCCAGCAACAUCUUAUUGGACUCUGAAUUUAAUGCAAAAAUUGCAGAUUUUGGAUUGGCCAAAAUGUUAGCCAAGCAAGUAGAAGACCCUGAAACAAUGUCUGUGGUUGCAGGCACUUUCGGAUAUAUUGCUCCAGAGUAUGCUUAUACAAGAAAGGCGAAUAAGAAGAUCGACGUCUACAGUUUUGGAGUUGUGCUUCUAGAGUUGGCCACUGGAAGAGAAGCCAAUAGGGGGUACGAGCAUAUGAACCUUGCUCAAUGGGCCUGGCAGCACUUUGGAGAGGGAAAAUUCAUUGUGGAAGCCUUGGAUGAGGAGAUCAUGGAAGAAUGCUAUAUGGAAGAAAUGAGCAAUGUGUUCAAACUAGGCCUCAUGUGUACUAGCAAAGCACCUUCUGACAGGCCUUCCAUGAGGGAGGUAUUGCUAAUUCUUGAUCGCUGUGGUCCUCAGCAAGGUCAUGCUACAUAAAAAACGAUCCCAUCACUUUUCAUGAAGUUAAAUGUAGUUAUUUAGAAGGUGUGCGUUGCAGAAAUGAAGAUACCAAGUAAUCAACUCUA